GUCAAAACUAAAGUAAAAUGGCAAACAUACAAAAUAUAAAUUGUGCUCUUAAUAUCAAUUAUAGUUUUAUACAAGAUAAGCCAAUACCACUAAAUAGCACUUUGUCAACCACCAACACUUUAUCAACUAGCCCUCCUAAAUUAGAUAGACGUUCCGCAGGUUAUAAACCCAGCAUUUGGGACCGUGAUUUCCUUGUGUCUUUGAGAAGGAAUCGUGUUGGAGCACAGGAUGAAUCUGUUAAAAUAGAGGGACUAAAAUGUAAGGUAAAGAAUAUGAUAGCUGAUGAAGAAUAUUGUGAACCCUUAAUGGUUUUCAAGUUAAUUGAUGAAAUUCAAAGAUUAGGACUUGGAAAUCAUUUUGACAAGGAUAUUAAAACUGCAUUAAAGAGAUUUUCUUGCAACUUUAGUGACUUGAACUUGGAUCUUCCUACUACCGCUCUCGGCUUCAGACUUCUAAGACAAUCUGGAUUUUUUGUGUCUCAAGAUGUAUUCAAGCAAUUCAUUGAUGAUAAGGGCAAUUUUAUUCCCUCUUUAUGCAAUGAAAAUGAGGGAAUAAUACAAUUGUAUGAAGCUUCAUACAUGGCAUUUGAAGGAGAACAUAUUUUAGAUGAGGCCAAAGCUUUCACUAUUGAACAUCUAGCUAACAAUUAUAUGAAUCACGCAUUAGCCAACCUUCCUUUACGAUAUCAAAUGCCCAAGCUCAAAGCUAGAGACCACCUCGAGACGUAUCCACAAGGGGAAGUUACUAGGGACGUAACUUCCUUGCUCGAGCUAGCCGUGCUCGAUUUUAAUAACACACAAUUGAUGUAUCAGGAAGAUCUUCAUGAUAUGGCAAGGUGGUGGAAGAAUGUGGGGCUAUCAGAGAAGUUGAGUUUUGCUCGAGAUAGACUGAUGGAGUGCUUUUUUUGGGGCAUUGGCACAACAUCUUCCAAGCCUGAACUUAGUAGUUGCCGCAAGGCUUUAACAAAAGUAUACAAUUUCAUAACCAUUAUUGAUGACAUCUAUGAUGUUUAUGGUCACAUAAAUGAGCUUCACCUCUUUACCCAAGCCAUUGAGAGGUGGAAUAUUAAUGAAAUAGACGAGCUUCCAUACUACAUGAAAUUAACCUUCCUUGCAUUAUACAACACUAUUAACGACAUUGGAUAUGAAAUUCUCAAGCUUAAGGGCUACAAUUGUGUCCCUUUCCUUAAAAAGGCGUGGAUAGAUAUGUUGAAGGCCUUCUUGGUGGAAGCAAAUUGGUUUCACAAUAAAGAAACACCAACAUUUGAGGAAUAUAUGGACAAUGGAUGGGUUUCAAUAUCCGGUGUUAAUGCAUUAACGCAUGCAUUUUUCUACGUCAGUCCAGAAAUUACACCGGAGGCGCUCCAAGCCUUAGAAAUAAAACAUGAUAUUUUACGCUUACCUUCAAUGGUCUUUCGUCUCGCCAAUGACCUUGCCACUUCAGAGGAUGAAAUUGAAAGAGGAGAAACAGCAAAUGCGAUAUUAUGUUAUGCAAAAGAUAAAGGUGUAUCACACAAAGAAGCACGUAAAGUUAUAAGCAAAAUGAUUGACGAGAGUUGGAAAGGUUUAAAUGAGAUUCAAACUAAUAAUCAAACUCCAUUUUCAAAGGAAUUUAUAGAAACAUCUAUGAACAUUGCUCGUACUUCUCAAUGUGCCUAUCAACAUGGAGAUGGUCAUGGAUCACCAGAAUUGCUUAAGAAAAAAAUAUUAUCACUAGUAGUUCAACCUAUAACGUUAUUAUCAUAA